GGACAAAUGGGCCUGGCAGCGCCCACUACAGACCCGUGGCUCAGUGUGGCCAGUGCAGGGUGGCAUCAGAUUCCACAAAUGGGACUUGGGGACCAUCCCCUGAGAUGCUAGAGGGACUGGAAGAAAUUAUGUUUUCUUCUUGUCCCAGCAGUGCCCAGGAAUGUGCUUUCACUUUUUUUUGGUCAGGAGCGCUCUCCUCAGCAUGUCUCUAUCCCCUAUUGCUUCCUUUGCCAUGGAAGCAACUGGGACAUGCUAAGGCAAAGCCAAAGUCAUAGAGGGGAUGGAGGAACUCUUGAAUGCAAAAUGUCUCUAAGCUCCAAGGGGACAGUCCCAUCCUGUGAGAUAGGAUAUGCAGCAGAUGGGACAAGGGAACUACAAUCCCUUUUGGAACCACUUCUAAAGCCCUUCAAAGCCAGGGUAUCCUAGCUUUGGACACUGGGGCAUCCCUGCACCGCAGGUGGGAGCUGGGGAAGGAGGCAAAGAUGUGGCUGCAAACAGGAGUUGCCGCAGUACCUCCUGGGAAACAUCACUCCCCUGAGACUGUGCUUGCUGCUGCUCUGGGACCACACAUAGCAGGGAUGCAGUGCCUUUCUGCGUGUCAGGGCAGUGGAUGCCAAGCUGUGGUGUUGGGGUGAAUGACUACAGUGAGCCCAGCAUGGUACUCCAUACCCUGCUAUGUCCCCACAGGACCUGCCUGAGCAUCCUGCCCCUUGCAGUCCCACUCAUCCAGCCUGCUCGGGGGGUGUGUGUCCCAGCUUGGCGCAGGCAGCAGCCUGGGGAGCCAGCAUGGGGCCAAGGGGUGGCUGCACCCAAGGACCCUGUGCUAAUGGAUUUGGAGUUUCCAAGGUCAGGCUCCCACUGUGAGCAAGAAAAACAUUCCCAGGGAAGGGCCAUGGGAAAGGGCCCCCCCGCACAGCACUCCCAGCCCCAGCUGCUGUCUCACAGCCCAGCCUGGCAUCCCAGGCUGCUCACACGAGGACAUGGCUGCAUUGCCCCUGAGGAGAUGUGCUGUACAAAGGCUGGGUUGCCCAAGCUGCCCAAUCUCUUGGAAGGGGUGUUCGGUGUGGUGAGGAUGCCUGGUUAUUGCAGGAGAGGUGAGGGAUAGGGGUGGGCCAUGAAUGGGGUGCAAGAGGUGUUGUGAGGUUCUGGGGGGCAAGGGAGGGGGUGGUAUGCUUGGCCAGGGCAGGGGAGGCAUGUGCCAACUCCCAGCCAGCCAGCUUUAUACCCACUCUGUGUGGGCACUGACCCCAGCCUCUGUACUUGCAGCUAGCAUGGACCAGCGACAGGGGCCACCAGAGCGAAGGCCUGCAGGACCUGCCACGCACCUGCAGCCCAAGGAAGGGACACUGUGGGGGUUCUUUGCCAUCCUGUCACUGCUGGCUGGGCUGGCCACAGGCACCCUGCGAACACCGCACUGCAACGAGACGCUGGACGCAGCCCCCACGCCACGGGGCACGGGCACUGCCAGCCUGUCUGCGGAGGAUGGUGUGGAGGCACCACUUGCUGCUGCCUGGAGCCAGCUGUAUGGGGACAACGCGACAACAGGUAGCCCAGGCGCCGCAGAGCUGGCGGAGGACCUGCUGCUGCGUGCUGAGCGCUCACCGCCAGGUGCCAGCAAAGCCAAAAAGGCGGGGGCGAAAUCCCCACGGCGCACCCGUGGGCGCAACUGCCACAUCCGCAACCUGAUGGUGAAGGUGCGUGACCUGGGCCUGGGCUUCAACUCGGACGAGAUCGUGCUCUUCAAGUACUGCAGCGGGUCCUGCCACCGGGCACGCAGCAACUACGACCUGACGCUGGGCAGCCUGCUGCGGCAGCAGCUGAUCGCCCCGGGGCCACAGGAGCGCGUCCUCAGCCACCCCUGCUGCCGACCCACCCGCUAUGAGGCUGUCUCCUUUAUGGAUGUGGAGAACACAUGGCAGACAGUGGAGAAGCUCUCAGCGGCUGAGUGCAGCUGUAUUGGCUGAGGAGGGGGCCGCUGGCUUGGCCCCAGCUCGACACAUGCCGACAGACUCCAGCUUGCCACAGGCGGCGGCACUGUCGCUCAGAACAAGGGCUUGGCAGAGGCUGGUGUCCCUGUUGUUACGUGGCCACAAAGAGCCGAGGUGAGAUGGAGUCAUGACUGGGGUGUGGGUGGCCAAGCCCGCUCCUGCUCAGUGCCAAGCAGCUGGUGCCAGCGGCUACACGGGAUCCUGGAAGAGAGUGUGGACCAUCCCCACCACUCCCAAGGGUCUGCCAGCCCAGUGUCCAUCAGCAGCACUCCUGCACCCGAGCUCCAGGGGCCAGGCAUCACUCAAGCUUCAGAGGGGGCAAAACCUCCCUGUCCCCUCUGGCACGCUGGGGUCAGUGGUGCAGGGGAGGGGUGUCCCUGAGGGCAGGGAUGCAGUGGGGCCAAUUUGCACCAGAGUGGAGUGGGGGAUCUGCACCCAGACCAGCAGCAGACCCUAGUAUUCUGCAGGGUGUUCGUUCAUGGACACCCAUUGGGACCCCCACCCCUGCCUGGUUCCCAGGGUAGUGGCAGGGUCCCCGCGCUGCUCCGUGGUGCUGUGGCACUAAACUAUUUAUUACUCUAAAUUAUUUAUUUAUUGUUCUCGAGCGGCAGCUCCUAUUUAUGACUUUGGGCCCCCAGCGGCCGGGUGUAAUUUAACCCCAGCGCUGCACUGAAGCCCUGGGCAGCGCCCCGUGCACCCCGCACCCUUUUUCUAUUAUUUGUAAAAUUUGAGGGAUAAACUCUAUUUUUGUACAGUCGCCUUUUCCUGUAGCAA